GUCUGAUGUCUGUAGUGUCAGGCAGUGGUGAUGGGGGGGGAACAGAUACCGACAACGUACGUUUCUCACCCCCUCCCUCGCCCCCAGGUUCAAUAAGCGCAGGCUUUCACGCAAACUGAAACCCUCUCCCCCACCAGCCCAUGGAACAUUCUGUGCGCAAACACUGAUUUCCUUCCAGCACUACUCUUCUUUCGCCUCCAGCCAAUAUUAAUUUCCUUACUAUCCAAGUCUCUAGAUGCGACUAGGACCAGCGGUAAUGGAAAUCGACACAGAUAGUAGUAGCUCAAGCAGCAGAAAGGCCGACCAAGACCAGAAUUCUGCUGGCUACAGGAGCGAUCGAUGAAGUCUAGGCGAUGCCACCAUGGCUGACGCGCCGCCAGUCAUCGGGUCACCAAUCCCGCGCGUCGGCUUCACCGUGCAGACGACAGACGAGGGCCAGCAGGUGGCGAACAACCGACCGCAUGAUGCCUGAGGUGGCUCCGCCAGCAACAGCCAUCCCAGAACACUCGGAUGUGUUUGAGAACGGCGACCAGACCAAGCCCAACUGCGACUUCCUGAAGGACCACUUCUUCCGCGAAGGCCGGCUGCGCGAGUCCGACGCACUGGCCAUCCUGGAGGAGGCCACUGCAAUCCUCAAGAGCGAGCCAACCCUGCUGACCCUGAGCUCGCCGGUGACGAUCUGCGGCGACGUGCAUGGGCAGUACUACGAUCUGAUGAAGCUGUUUGAGGUGGGCGGCGACCCGGCGACCACGCAGUACCUGUUCCUGGGGGACUACGUCGACCGCGGGUACUUUUCGAUAGAGUGCCUGCUGUACCUGUACUCGCUCAAGAUCCGGCACCCGGCGUCGUUCUUUAUGCUGCGCGGCAACCACGAGUGCCAGCACCUGACGGACUACUUUACGUUCAAGCUGGAGUGCACGCACAAGUACUCGGAGCGGGUGUAUGAGGCAGCGCUGGGGUCGUUCUGCGCGCUGCCGCUGGCGGCGGUGGUCAACAAGCAGUUCCUGUGCAUCCACGGCGGGCUGAGUCCCGAGCUGCACACGCUGGACGACCUGCGGCAGCUGGACCGGUUCCGCGAGCCGCCGACGCACGGGCUGAUGUGCGACCUGCUGUGGGCCGACCCGGUCGAGGACUUUGGGCACGAGAAGAACAAGAGCUACUUUAUCCACAACUUUGCGCGCGGCUGCUCGUACUUUUUCAACUACGCGGCGCGCAACAACCUGCUGUCGCUGGUGCGCGCGCACGAGGCGCAGGACGCCGGAUACCGCAUGUACCGCAAGAGCAAGACCACGGGGUUCCCUGCGGUCAUCACGCUGUUCUCGGCGCCAAACUACCUCGACGUGUACAACAACAAGGCGGCGGUGCUGAAGUACGAGAACAACGUCAUGAACAUCCGCCAGUUCAACAGCUCGGCGCACCCGUACUGGCUGCCCAACUUCAUGGAUGUGUUUACGUGGUCGCUGCCGUUUGUCGGCGAGAAGGUCACGGACAUGCUGCUGGCGAUUCUCGACAUCUGCACCAAGGACGAGCUGGAGGAGAGCGCGACGGACCUGCAGCAGGUGCUGGCGGAGGCGCAGAGCACGGAGCACGAGCAGCGGCGCGCGGCAAUCCGCAAGAAGAUCCUGGCGGUGGGCAAAAUGGCGCGGAUCUUCCACGUCCUCCGGUCGGAAGCCGAGACGAUCAACGAGCUCAAGGGGCUGCUGGGCACGCAGCGGCUCCCGGCAGGCCAGCUGUCGGCUGGCGGCCGCGGACUGCGGCAGGCGGUGAUGUCGUUUGAGGAAGCCAAGCGCUACGACCGCGACAACGAGAAGCUGCCGCCGCUGCGCAGGCAGGCAUCGGCCGAACAGCGUGUUGGCGAUGCGCUAAUGCAGGCUGUCACCGACGAGCAGGCUGCAUAUGAGGCUGCAGAGAAGGAAUAUGGCCCAUUAGUGGCCCUGGGAAGAUGGAGAUGGGCAUAG